UACAUUGUAUGUGUCUCGGUGAUAUCCUUUAGGACUACAUCUCAUAGUUUCUACUGGUACCAGGCUUGUCCGGGCAGGAUAGGGGUGUUAGGUUCGGCCGGGGAGCCGAGAAGGAUUCGGUAAUAUGGGCCUGUUGGCUAGAGUACGGAAAGAAUGGUUUAUUAUCGGCAUAGUAACCGUUAUCAUGUUAGCCAAAAUACAGCCUUCAAUUGGAGCGAAAGGAGGUCCUUUAAGACCAGAGAUCACCAUCACCUUUGUGGCGGUGUCUGCCAUUUUUUUCAACAGUGGCCUUUCAUUGAAAACAGAGGAGUUGACCAGUGCUGUCCUCCAUGUGAAGUUACAUCUGUUUGUACAGUCCUUCACCCUGGUCUUCUUCCCUCUUGCUAUGUGGCUCCUUAUCAAAGUCCUGGCCCUCACCAGCAUCAACACAUGGCUUCUCAGUGGGCUGCAGACAGUGGGAUGCAUGCCUCCUCCCGUCUCCUCUGCUGUCAUUCUCACCAAAGCUGUGGGGGGGAAUGAGGCUGCUGCUAUCUUCAACUCAGCCUUUGGAAGCUUCCUGGGGAUCGUAGUGACACCUCUGCUGUUACUUUUAUUUCUUGGCUCCUCCUCCUCUGUGUCGUUCUCCUCCAUAUUCUCUCAGCUCUUCAUGACUGUGGUCGUUCCUCUCAUCCUUGGACAGGUGGUCCGGCGGUUUCUGAAGGACUGGCUGGAAAGGAGGAAACCUCCGUUUGGAGUCAUCAGCUCUGUGGUGCUUCUCAUGAUCAUCUACACCACCUUCUGCGACACUUUCUCCAACCCCAGCAUAGACCUGGACCAUCUCAGCCUGCUGCUCAUCACCUUAAUCAUCUUCUCCAUCCAGCUGAGCUUCAUGCUGCUGACAUUUGUCUUGUCAACACAGAAACAAUCAGGUUUUACUUCAGCAGAUACCGUAGCCAUCAUGUUCUGUGCUACACACAAAUCCCUGACGCUGGGUAUUCCGAUGUUAAAGAUAGUCUUUGAGGGUUACGAUCACCUUUCUCUCAUCUCAGUCCCCCUACUCAUCUAUCACCCAGCUCAGAUCUUGCUGGGCUCCAUUCUGGUACCGACCAUCCAGACCUGGAUGAACAGGAGACACAAGCCUAACCUGCUAUUGAAGUAGAGCAGCAUGACCCCUACAGUACCUGGAUGUUUGUAUGGGAUGAAACUGACCAACCUACAGGCAAUCUGAAGUGGACUCUUCCUGCAUUUGUUCCCUCCUCCUUAUGGGGGGAGGCUUUAAACUGUGACAGACGGAACGUCUUUUCUCUCUGGGGGAGGGACACUGAAGCACAAGUGCCUGAUCACAACCGCCAACCUCACCAGGGACCACUCUGACUCAAGACACUCUAGGACAUACCUUCAUAUCCAUUUAAACCAUUCUGGACCACACUGGUCUGUUUUUGACCCCGCCCCUCGGUGAGCCGUCUCAUUGGCUAGACCGUUCUGGAUUGGGACAGGAGCGAUACGCAGACCAGUGGCCUCGCUCUGGUCAAAAGACAACUGACACGUCAUUGAAGACUUGCAACAGGAAGUCCUGCUUAUAACUGUUGCCAUUGUUUCUAUGACAACAUGAGAUCAUUCCACGGUUUCAUUUUUUUUACGAAACAUAAAAGUCGCAACCUCUAUUUUUGUAUCCACAUGGAGAUGAUGUCAACUCCCUGCGGGACAGGAAACAGGAAGUGGCACUGAUGGUCACAGCGGCAGGGUUUUGGUACAACGCCUGGCACAGAUGGACCAAUGAUCUGUUGGUGUGUCUUUGUCCUGUUAUCAGACUGCCCUGGAUCCAAAAUGCAGCCCUACUGUCUGCAUAGUGCACUACUUUUGACCAAAUGUCUAUGGGACUUGGUCUACACUAGUGCACUAUUAAAUAGUGAUUAGGGUGCUUUUUGGACCUUUCUCUCUCUGGCUGUGGUGUUGACUGAUGGCCAACCUGCUGUCUGUUAUUUGGGUUCUCUGGGGGAUUUCUACAGCACCUUUAAAAGCACAGUGUUUUCAGAUUUUUAUGAAAUGAGACCAAUACUUUCCUAACAUAUGAGUGGAAAAUGAAAUAUUAUUAUGUUGAUAGUCUGCUUUAGGUGUUGGAGGGGUUUAGGUUCAUAAGUGAUUAUUAAACGUGAAUGUGAGUUAAAUGGCCAGCUCUUCCUUUUCUUGACCUCUGAUUGGCCAGCUCACCCUUCUCUGGAGUUUUACUUGAUUCUCCAUUUGUAAGGAGUUUCUUUGAGAUACAGGUGUUUUUUGAGUUGGGUUUUGAAAUGCUUUUUAUUUUGCAAUUAACGCGUUUGCCACAAAUAUAUGUAUGAGUCAAUAACAUAAUUUGAUUCUAAGUUAAGAGAAUAUGAAAUAGAUUUUAUGUAAGACUUUUAUUUUUGUUAGCAUAGUCAAAGGACCAUGGCCUGUUGAUGUGCCCUUUUCUGGACAUUUUCGGUGGGAAAAUGUGUGUCUAUGAUCAGUGACCUUUACCCCCCACCCCAUGUGUGUCUAUGAUCAGUGACCUUUACCCCCCCCCAUGUGUGUCUAUGAUCAGUGACCAGUGGGACAGGUAGUUAUAGCGUUUAGAGCAACUGACCCGUAACCCAAUGGUUGCAAGAAAGGUGACAAAGACUGUUCUGCCCCUGAGCAAGGCUCAAAACUUGCGUCUCCUGUCGGCCCUCGUUAAAAAGUAUGGAGUGGCCAGUUGUUGAUAUUAAAAUAUUUAUCAUUGUUAUCUUAUAACCAAGGUCAAUAUUCUGACGAUUUUGUUGUUUUCAGAUUUUUUGUUCUUCUGCUGUUACCAAAGAAUGUGUGAAAAUGUGGACCAGUAAGGAUGUCACUUAGAAGGAUAUGAACCCUAGCCCCAUACUCCUACAUCCUAAACCCUACUCUCUACAGGAAACAGCCUGGACCUUGGAGGAGUCCGUUAAACUGAAGGGAUGAGGUUGUAGUACACAGCUCAAAAACUUUACUUACUAAAUACCUCUUACUAGGGCCGUAUGCAUUUGUGUGUAUUGUUGUAUGUUUGCAAACGUUAUUCCGGUUCAGAGUAAACAUUGUUCAUUGCAUUAUAACAGCAGCAGUCCCAACACAGGCUUUUAAAAAUAAUUUCUUAAGUGCCAUUGUUCAUUCUCUCCUGUGUUGUGGCUGAAGGAGACAUUAUUUAAUCACUGUCAAAGGCUGAGAAGGGAAUUUGAUCUUCGGCAGACUGCUCAGAAUAAAAGCUUGUUUUGCAUUACAUCGUGUAAACGAGCCUUCUUAAUGGAAGACAACA